AUCACCCUAGAGGUCAUCACUAUCCAGGUCUACUUUACAAAAACACAUGUCUGCCGACAGUUCUAGGGCUCGUACGAUUCGUAAGAUAUUAAUAGCCACACUUGGAAGUACAUAUCUAUAAUUUUCUAAAAGCUUCAAAGAAUGCUUAAUAAGUGAAAAUAAAACGUAAAAUCUUGAAUGAUCAAAAUCUGUGAAAUAAAAAAUGUUCAAGAUCAAUAAUGACGUAAUAUAUUAAGUGAUGAUUUAAGAAUUGAAAACACCAUAACCUCUCAGUCAUUGAUCAAAGUGUCUUGAGUUCUUUGAAUAAUGAACGGAAUGAGAUACGUAUCAAGUUGCAUUAACUUGGAGCGAUCUCGAAGAAUUUUGUCCUUGCAAUGGCAAAAGAAGGAUCAAAUCAAUCAUGUUGAAAGAAAAAAUCGCUUUCAUGAAGGGCCCGAUCUGGCGGACUUUAUUCUCGCAAACACAAAAACAACACCUUCAGUGAGUGCUAGGAAACAUCCAUAUUUAAGAACGAAUUAUGGGCCCGAACAAAAAGUUUACUUUGAUGUUUAUGGAUGUCAGAUGAAUGUCAAUGAUACAGAAAUUAUCUGGUCUAUAUUAAAGCGGAAUGGAUAUAGUCGAACGAUGGAUAUGGACGAUGCUGAUAUUGUUCUGCUAGUGACGUGUGCGAUAAGGGAAGGAGCGGAACAGAAAAUCUGGGGAAGAAUAGAUCAGUUGAAUAGUUUGAAGAGAAAACGAAAAACUUUUUCGAGCAAAACUCCCCUGAAGAUUGGGAUACUUGGCUGCAUGGCCGAGAGACUCAAGACGCAGAUUUUGGAGAAAAAAAAAGCUGUGGAUCUUGUAGCUGGACCUGACAGCUACAGAGAUUUGCCAAGACUACUGUCCAUUGUAGAAAAUCAUGAAACUGCCAUCAAUGUCCAACUUUCCCUGGAAGAAACUUAUGCUGAUAUAACUCCUGUGAGAUUGAACCCAGACUCGAUCUCUGCGUUUGUAUCAAUUAUGAGAGGAUGUGACAACAUGUGCACCUACUGUAUCGUUCCUUUUGUGCGAGGGAGAGAAAGAUCGCGGUCAACAGCGAGUAUCUUGGAUGAAGUACAACAAUUGUCAGACAUGGGAAUAAAGGAAAUUACUCUGCUGGGACAAAACGUCAAUAGUUACAGAGAUUUGUCGCAAUUUAAUUCCUACCCUAGUGAGAAGUCCUCCACUCAUCUUGCAAAAGGAUUUAAAACAGUUUACAAGCCUAAAUUAGGUGGACUUCGAUUUAGUGAUUUGCUCGAUAAAGUUUCACAAGUUAAUCCUGAAAUACGAAUCAGAUUUACGUCCCCACAUCCCAAAGAUUUCCCAGACGAAGUUCUCCAUUUGAUUGCUGAGAGACCCAACAUCUGUAAACAAAUUCAUCUACCAGCUCAGAGUGGAAACUCUGCGGUUUUGGAAAGAAUGAGAAGAGGAUACACUCGUGAAUCUUACCUUGAGCUCGUUGAACGAAUUCGUAGUAUAAUACCCCAAAUAAAAUUAUCUAGCGACUUUAUUGCUGGAUUCUGCGAUGAAACUGCAGAGGAAUUUGAAGACACAUUGACAUUAAUAGAUCAAGUGAAAUAUCACCAGGCAUUUUUAUUCCAGUACAGCAUGCGAGAGAAAACAACAGCCCAUCGAAGAUAUGUGGAUAGUGUGUCUCCAGAAGUGAAAAGCGAACGUUUAACAAGAAUGAUACAUUUAUGGCGGCCGCAAGUGGAGAAUUUGAACAGAAUGCAAGUGGGAACACAUCAACUCGUAUUAAUUGAAGGGCCCAGUAAAAAAUCGACUCAUGUUCUUCAAGGCCGAACUGACGGCAAUACUCGUGUGAUAAUUCAUGAUCCGGUAAUUCCUAGUGACAGAAAAAACGAUAAAUCUAAAAAUAUUAAAUCAGGAGAUUACAUUGUUGCUCAAAUCUGUGGCGCCAAUUCCAAUACCCUUACUGGAAUACCUUUGUACCAUACUACAAUAUCCGAAUACGCAAGGCAACUGGAAAGACAAAACCAGCGCCAUAUUCAGUAUUCUUAGGACAUAUGUGUACAUCAUAGAAUAGACUAUUUUGUAUAAAAGAAAGAGAAAAAAAUGUUGU